ACAUACAACCAGAAUAUUCGAUGCGAAGAUCCCGUUGGCAUUUCUCUUACAAUUUUUUUAUAUAAAUACCUUUCUCUCCCACCUUCAUUCUUCAUCAUCAACAACCAAACCAAACCAAACCUUUUUUUCAUUCAAACAAUCUCUCUCCCACAAAAAAAAAAAAAAAAACAAAAAAAAUGGCUCUCAAAGCCGUCCACGUCUCCGACGUCCCUUCCCUCGAUCUCGUCCCUGAGUCUCCUCUCCUCUCCUCCCGUUUCCCCACCGGUUUGGAGAUGAGAAAUGGUGGAUUCAAGAUGCCGAAGUUUGUUGUUAUUGGACAUAGAGGAAACGGUAUGAAUGUAUUGCAAUCUACGGAUCGGAGAAUGAGAGCCAUCAAAGAAAAUUCCAUCAUGUCUUUCAACGCUGCUUCUUCUUUUCCUCUUGAUUUCAUCGAAUUUGAUGUUCAGGUGACCAAAGAUGACUGCCCAGUCAUUUUCCAUGAUGAUUACAUCUACACUCAAGAAAAUGGUAAUGUAUUUGGCAAGAGAAUACCUGAGUUGUGUUUAUCUGAGUUUCUUUCCUAUGGGAUUCAAAGAGAGCCAGGAAUGGAAGGAAAAAUGUUGGUCAGAAAAACAAAAGAUGGAAAGAUAUUUAAUUGGGAAGUUGAACAAGAUGACACACUUUGUACCCUUCAAGAAGCAUUUCUCAAAGUUGAACCUACUUUGGGUUUUAACAUUGAGUUGAAAUUUGAUGACCAUAUUGUUUAUGAACAAGCUUAUCUUACUCAUGUCCUUCAAGCCAUCUUAAAGGUUGUUACUGAUUAUGCUAAGGAUCGGCCUAUAAUAUUUUCAACUUUUCAACCGGAUGCUGCGGUACUUGUUCGCAAAUUGCAAAGCACCCACCCUGUUUUCUUUUUAACUAAUGGUGGGUGUGAAAUCUAUGAAGAUUUGAGAAGAAACACCUUGGAAGAGGCCUUGAAACUCUGUUUGGAGAAUGGAUUGGAUGGAAUUGUUUCUGAGAUUAAAGGGAUAUUUAAAAAUCCUGGAGCUGUAAGCAAGAUCAAAGAGUCCAAUCUUUCUCUUCUAACAUAUGGCAAAUUAAAUAAUGUUCCAGAAGCGGUUUACAUGCAGCACUUAAUGGGAAUUGAUGGGGUAAUAGUAGAUUUUGUGCAAGAAAUAACAGAGGCUGUUGCAGAUAUGGUGAAACCAACAAAGAAUGGUGAGGAAGAGGGUUUGACUGAAGAAGGGAUUGAGAAGGUGGAAGUGAACAAAUCAAAGCCACAAUUUUCACAGUUGGAGCUUUCUUUUCUUUACAAGCUUAUUCCACAAUUGCUUUUGCUUUAACAAAGAAAAGAGGGUUUUAAAUUUGAUUUGGUACACACAUUGAUGAUAGUUUAGGAGCUUAACUCCUGCUUUUAAUUUUUCUUUUAAUACAAUUUGGGGACAUUUCUAUGAAUGCUUAAUCAUUUGUACAUGUAUAUUUUCUUCUUUUCACUUAGGUUGAAGGAAAUAGUGAUUAUGUAUGAACAAAAAGUUUGGAGGUCCUCCAUUCAAAUAUAACUGAAAUUGACUACAAA